AUGUCCCCCGAGGUUGGGCCACACAAUGUGGGCGACUUCAUCAAUGCGGCCCAGCGCUUCCGUCUCGAAUAUCAAUGGGUUGACCAUGGCUACUACAGGAACUCUGAAGGUCGCUUUAUUCAUCAAUCGACUCUCUAUGUGCUUGGUCAUAAGUUCACGGGGACGGCGAACAAAAAAGGGCGUGCAAGGGAAGAAGCUGCAGGACACUUCUUUUCCACCUUUCCGCAAUAUCGCUCCCGCAGCUUCAGUGACCAAAACGCCAACGAGCCAACCGGACAAUCCCACGGUUUGAUCGGAGGAGCAAGUGCCAGUGAUGCGUUGGGGACUGGCAGUCGCUCUCCCUCUAUGACAGCUCCCUGUCUAAACCAGGAGAGCGACCCUGGAGCGUCCGAAGCUGCUCCUCGAAGGAUGCCGGGUGAGGACAGUAGACAUCACAGUCCCGUUCUGAGUCACGAUGAAAUGGGCCUAGUCACAACUCGUGGGAUUCCUCCCCUACCUCCAGUCAACCACCCAAGGGGGAGUCAUGUCACUCCUGUAUGUGAGGUAGUUCAAGGGGCUGAGGAGUUAGCUGCGUUUAGCUGCAAUAAUCUUACGCAACAAAUCUCCUCGAUGCGCCAAGUCGACCAAGGAGGAUACUCGCUCGUGUACAAAGGCAUAUGGGUGCCAGAUUCGCCGGAGGCAACCCAGGAAGUUGCCGUGAAAGUGCUGUUUCUAUCCUAUACAAGGGAUUGGAACCCAGAAUUAAAAUGCUGGAAGCGACUCCAAAGAGAGUUACGAGUGUGGUCACGAUUACACCACACCAACGUGGUUUCAUUACUUGGCUACUUCGACGCUGGCUGCGGCUGGCGGGGCUUUGUCUGUCCCUGGUAUCCUGAAAGAAAUGUAAUCAUGUUCCUCAAGAAGUAUCCUAGCGCUAACAGAGACAUAAUUUGUGCCGACGUAGCAUCAGGAUUGGAAUAUCUUCAUUCGCGAAGUCCGCCAAUUGUACAUGGUGACAUGAAAGGAGAAAAUAUUUUGAUGACUUUAGACGGGCGCGCAUCCAUCUGUGAUUUCGGCCUCUCGAUUAUUCUCGAUGGCAACCCCACUGGGUUUACAUCCUCUGUGGUUGGAAUGACCCUUCUGUAUUCAGCCCCCGAAUUACUGGAGCGUAACGAUAAGACUGUAGAGGCUGACGUUUACGCUUAUGGAUGCACUUGCAUCGAGAUCCUACUAACGAAAAGGCCGUACGAGAACAUCCGUGACCCAGUGGCUCUUAUUAAAGCGAUUGAAAGUGGCGCGCCACCUAUUGCUCCUGAACAGCUCAGAGAGUGCAACUCGAUCCUCCCACUCCACUAUUUGGUCCAAUGUUGGAGCAUGGAACCAUCAGAUCGACCGCAAGCCGGAAAAUUGGCCGAAGCUUUUCGAGGUGUCCUCGGAAUCCACGAAGUACCCGAAUCAAGCCCUUACAAAAAUGUAAUCAGAGAUGGCGCUAAGUGCAGCGACACUGAUCUCAGUGCUAAUGAAUCGUUGCCGCCAUGA